GGUGUCAUAUCAUCGCGUAGACCCAUGGGUAUUGGUUUACUUUUUGUUCAUCACCUAAACCUCCACGUAUUAGAGUGAGGGUCUCUUUUUACACACAGGGGAUGGUCUGCCAAUACUGAAUGAAGCAAAUGCAAGAGAGGAGAUAUUUUUGUUGCUUUCGGUGAAACACCGACGGGAAAGAAUUCGACAACUCAACUCCUCGUUCGAUCACUUUGUAUGGUGUCUCAAUUGUGUUCGAUCACUUGGGUGUUUGAUCAUUUCGCGGGCUGUAGUUGUGAGGCAUUAUUACCAGGAAAUGUCAGAAACCUACACCAGAUGUACGUGGUCAGAAACAAACAUGUUGUGGAAGUACUGUUUGUGACUUCAUGAUCUUUUAUCCAGCCCUGAUGCAUUGAGACAAUACUUGUGUAUGUUCAUGUGGUUUAUAGCUACGAGCAGAGAAUGGUAUCAUGCACUGCAACAACGUGUUUGCAGUAUAUCCACAGGACACUGUCACACAGUUGCCCGUGAGGGUAGGCCUAAACUCGUUGUCUCGAAGUGGGUUUAUCUCGAAGUGAAAAAAGGCAACAGGGUCGUCUCAUCGUUUCUGAUUAAGUCAGAAUUCACCUUGACCCAACGCUUCCAGGCAGUUCUCAGAUGCCACAGAUGUUCAAAGCAUGAUGUUUUAAACAGACUCUCGACAAGAUGCGAACUUUUCGGCUGAGGAGGAAGCUCACCCAUCUGAUAGGGCUUCUUCUAUGCUGUUUCCUUGCCAUACAGUUUAUCAGCGUCAGUUUUGGAUCGUAUGAGCGCGAGGUCAAAGACUCUCCUAACCUUGCCCUGCCAACUUCUCUAGACCCAUGGAACAUUGAAACCAGGGGAGAAGGCGAAGGAAGAAAAAACGUUGGCAGGGAUCUGAAUUUAUUUCGAGCUGGAUUAUUAGAACAAGCGCGUUCGUACGAAGAUAAGAAUUUAAUAAGUGAAACUUUGGAAGAGUCAAAGAAGGAUGAACAUAUUGAAUCAUUGCAAGCUUCUAAGAGGGCUCCUUCAACAAUAAGACGGUUUUCUAGGGUACCACCAGCAGCCCUCCAAGAGGAGACAUGCCCAGGCUGCUACGGCACUUCACUCUGUGAUAAAUUUUACGCUGGAAACAUCACGCUGGAUAUGGAGACGGUUGGUCUCACCAAGGAGAAAGGCGUCUUUUACGGUGAGAUGGAUGGACAGAAGAUCGUCGGGAAAUACUUGGCGAACCAACAAGAGUUCAAACGUUUGGAUCAUUUUAUUUGUCAGAACAGUAGCCGUAGAGUCCAACCCAAUCAGCCGUGUGAUGUGAGCUGGGAUGUUCUACACUCUCAUCUUGCUAAAAGGGCAGCGUUAGAUGUCCGGUAUAUAAGAAAUGAUUUACACAAGGUGGCGCAAAAAGAAGCAUCUUCCUUGAGCAUAGCAUUGUGUGCCAGUGAUCGAUUUAUGGGCGAGUUGAAGGAGGUGUACGGUUUGAGCAGGUGGAACCGAGAAACUUCCCCUGAGGUGGCUACCCUUAUGACAUCACUUCUCCUGAACCCAGAAGGGUUACUACUCAAGUUCUUUGAGCAGAAGGUUCCAGAACUCCAGAAGUAUUUCCCUGCCUACCUGGGAGAGUGCGGUCGGAUGAUCGUAGUGGCGGAAGCCGGCGUACCUCUCAGCGAGUACCGCAAUGCGUCCUGGGACAUCCGGGCAGAUCUCGCCAGACAGAUCUUUCAGAUGAUUCACGAUUUCCAGCACGCCAGUCCCGACUGGAUGGUCAUACUGGCUGAUUUCAGCUUUGAUAACUUUGCUGUGACGCCAGACCGACGCAUCCAACUUCUGGAUCUGGAGGAUAUUUCAAUCGUUGAUAAACAGGAGAUUGCUUCAGCCAAGAAACUACCUCCCUUCAAGGAGCCGUGCAACGAGGAAUGCUUCGUGAGUUUCGUCUCAAAUCUAUACCAGAGUGGUGGCAAGGACUGCGCUCAUGUUCCUAUGUAUUCUCAGAUCAUGCUGCUUCACGCUUGCCAUAGACUCCUAUCCGACUUAGAAUCCACCAAGUACCUACGGUUCUUCUAUCCAGAGAGUGAGAAACAGAAGCCUAAGGUCGGUCUUCUCCAUGACAUUCCAGAUGUUCUUGAGCCGAAUCUGUCCAACCUUCUCUUCAACUGUGUCUUUGAAUCAAUACCAGGACAGAGGCGCCAAUCGGCUAAUAUUAUUAAAAGACUUCUGGAGGCAAUUGGAAGACAUCUUACACAGUGAGGUCCUCAAAGGAAUGGAUGUAUAUUGCCGACAAACUAUGCCCUUUUUCCGCUGGUAAAUCUCUGAUGUUUUUUUUUGAGCCUCGAGGGCUCAAUCGAAUUUCAGUUGUGCAAAAAGUAGUUAAUGUACAAACCUGACGUUUUGACCCUAGCAGAGCCUUUCUCACAGGCUAAAUGACAACACAACAAGAAAAUCAUCUGUGGUUGGCAUUGUUGAUACACCUUUUCUCUUAAGAACGCUUAGAGAUUUUCUCUUGGGAGAGUUCAGGUAAACUUGGAGAGGAAAGUGAGGUCCAAGAAGUUGUACAUCACUGCUUGACUACAAAUAAACUGCGUUGAAACUUUAUGUGAAGUUGGUAAACUUACCAAAUGAGAGUCGUACAGUUUUACAAAUCUGGUUUUACAAAAGAAUUUAAAUAUCUUUUGAAAUCAGUAGGGAAAAACUUUGAGUGCUGGAUUGGUUUUUUUUAAUGCCUCCAAAAAUUGGUUGUAUGAAAGCUUAUAAGUAGGGUGAUUGGUUGGUGUCUUCCAACAUAGAUCACAUGUGAAAGUUCUUUUACAUUUCCUUUCAUUUGAGAAAACAACAACACAACUGUCUAUUUACCAAUCUACCUUUAGUGAUAAAAAAAGAUAAUUUUAUUAUAUUGCAAAUCUUUCUCAGAAAUGUUUGUCACAGGUUAAUUUGGUAAGACCAUGAUAAGUUUUUACUGUUUUCAAGCAUGCUGUUUUGGAACCUGCGAGAUUAAAACUAAUUGUUUUAUCCAUUUUUCAAAAACUGUAGCAUUUCAAGCGAAAAUAAUUCAAGUGAAGGUUUCCACCAUGGCCAUCUUUAUACCAUGUAAGUUAGGUUCAGAUCUGUGAAAAUUUUUAUAAUUUUUUUAAUAAUACCAAAUGUUGCACACCUUUCAAAGUUAAGUUAUAAUUUUGUUGGUGUACCACCUCUUUCUGUUGUGGUACGUCUCAAUUAUUUCAGGGUUGAAUUUGUAUUUAUUUGUUGACAUGUGCAGCUUGACCGAUUUGUUUUUCAUAAACAUGAAAUUAUGAUGAAUCAUUUUGGAACUUCAGAAUUGGAGCGUGAGUUCGAGUCAUAAAUCAAACAUUUAUACUAGUGCUGAAUAGCUGUCACCACUAAUUUCACUUAUCCUGGCUCACUAAGCUAACCAACAAUGAGACCUAACACUAUGAAAAGAUAUCACAAAAAGCUGGGAAAAGAAUUUUUUUAUAGAAAGUAAACUAUUGUUCCCUUUCGGAAUGCAAGAAAAGGUGCAACAAUUUGUACAGGUGCUAAAAAUGAAAAACAUAUAUUUGAAAUAGUUUUGACACAUGGAAUUUCUUUUGUUGCUUUGAGUUGUUUUGUAUUUUUUUAUUUUAUUUUGCUUUUUAACCAUGGCAUACCAUCCCAAAAAUUCAUUUCCAUUUAGUUUGAUGAAAUGGACAUGAUUUUGUUCCGGAUUGACCUUUUCCAUUUUAAUGGCAUUCAUUAAUAAGUAGUUUGUGGUUGCCCAACUUUUUGUUAUAGUUUUGUUUAUUUGUUUAUGUUUCUUUGGAUUAUGCACGCUUGGAAUAACACAGAGGCCUCGUAUUCGCCUUGGUGCUUAUUCAAAAGUUUCCCAUACACCUUUUUGUUUUUAGGGAAACCCUUUGGAAAUUUGCCUUGCCCUUCGGAAAAUGGCCUUGCCAUCUCAAAUAUGAAAUUCCAGGUCUGGGAAUGUAAAGAUACUUUGCAUGCCAAAAUUGUUCUACACUGAUGUUACAAAUAAAGGUACAUGUGUAACAUCACACCACACAGUUAUGAUGUGAAGGGGCUGUAUGGUCAUGAUAAAAGCAGGCCUGUGGAUUUAUUAGCCCCUUGUUAUACAAUGAAGAAUGCACUUCUGCAUGUCGAGGGCCAAUUCUGGUGUGUUAUUUUGACUUCCAAAACGGCAGACAGUAGGUCCCCUAUUUGGCAGGACUUAAAAGGCGUUGUGCAUUGUGCAAGGUGCAAGGUGUCAAUACAGCACUAAUAAAACUCUUGCUUAGUUCCUGCACGCCAGCACAGUCUCCACAGAUUUGGAUGGACGAAGCGUGUGUGCAGUAACGCAUAAUUUGUUUAUUUUUGUUGAUUUAUUUGUUAUAUCUGCACUUAUUGUUUUGGUGUGCAUUGAUUUACUUGUUAUUACAAGUUCCUUUCAGUUUUGUAUACUAAGUGUGGCAGAGCGUGUCCCCCGAAUGUUCUAAACUUUUCUGCUGAUUUCCACUUCUUUUUUCAAAACAGUGCCAUAGAAAAUGACUAAAAAAACACUACAAAAAUCAAGCGUGGUCAGCCAUUUCUUUUUUUUUGCAAUUAGAAAGUUGCAUGUCUGAUACUUAAACACACUCUUUUAAUCUUGUGCAGCUAGAAGUACCCUCACAACAAUUCAUGAGACUUCCAUAACAAAAUGAAGACAGAAAAGACAGGGGAUCACCAUAUCAAGCAUUUUUGUGUUUAUUUUGUGUAUUGGAAACAUGGCAUUAAAGGCAGUGGACACUAUUGGUAAUUACUCAAAAUAA